AUAGAAACAUCGAUAAACCUUUAUAAGUGAGCACUUGUAGGAAGAAGAAAAUCCCUAAUCCAUGAUGGUGUGCUAGGUCAAUCCCUACUCUCCAGCACAUCCAGGUAACUACCCUCGUGUCGUGAACCUCUCAAUGUACAAGAAAAGGACAGCAACCUCUAGCAAUCUUCUUCGGCUUUGUCAAGCCGAAGUUCUCGAAGAAACAUUGUAUAGCGUUACUUCGUACUUCUCACAAUCAUACCCACUCCACUCCCCAAACCUUGUCCGAAACCCCUCUUCAAUUGACUCAUGCCAAAUUGAUACACCCAGCAGCUGGGAACGUCCCUCCAUCGGAAGGGAUAUAUGAACAGGGCGUCUUAGCUGACGCUGGAAUAAACCUUAAGGAGAACAGUGCAUUACUGACGAGGGCAAGUCGCACCGCCUAGGCUUUCUCGCCGAUCCAGAGCCUAGUCAGCAUGUCACUUCUUGAUGCUGUGAUUCCCGCUUCGAGAGUAAGCUGCAUUACGCCAGAAACCUUACUUCAAUGUUACGCGGGCGUUCCAGUGUCACAAUCCAUGAGAGCGGACAGGAUUUAUUUCCCUAGUCGGGUGCCUCCGAGGGACGCGUGUCAUUUGCGGUGACGGGGAUGGAAGGGAGGAGGGUUGUCAUACAUGGUGUACUGGAAGGUAUCGGAGUGUGUGGCAUUAGAGCGACAUGUGAGGGGCCAUGGAUGUCAUGCAUGGGGGUCGUUUUGGGGUGCAGAACUCGAGAAUUGCACGCAAA